UGUAGUGAUACAGAGGAAGCAUGGGCGCAAGAUACGGAAUCAUUAUUAAGAUAUCUUGCGGAAAAUGGCCACAAAGUCUCUAAAACAAAGCUGCAGCUGAUUCAAACCACUGUCAAGUACUUGGGGCAUGACAUCACUUGUGGUAUCAGAGCUCUGUCAAAAGACCGCAUAACCACCAUCCAAAAUCUUCCAAGACCAGUCACAAAACAACAGGUUAUGUCUAUACUAGGCAUUCUUGGUUAUUGUCGACAAUGGAUCCUAAAUUUUUCUGAAAGAGCACAGCCCUUACAAAAUUUAGCCAAAACUGUCGACCUUCCUCUUUCUGGCCACAUACAGUGGAAUGAGCAGGCUGAGAAGGCUCUUUGUGAUUUAAAAAGAGCACUACUUUCUGCGCCUGCUUUAGAACUUCCUGACUAUUCUCGUCCAUUCACUCUGUUCGUGGACGAAAAGGGGGGAUAUAUGAAUGCAGUAUUAACACAACUCCAUGGAGAAAAACAGAGGCCAGUAGCUUAUUUUUCGAAAAAACUGGAUCCAGUGGCCACGGGACUUCCGACUUGUCUUAGAACAGUAGCAGCAACAACGGAGGCUGUGCUGGCAAUCAUGGAUAUUGUACUCAUGAGUCCCCUGACAGUAAAAGUGCCUCACGCUGUUCACUCCAUCUUAGUCCAGGCCAAAACCUCACAUCUCACUACUGCAAGGGCAAUACACUAUCUAAAUGUACUCUGUACCCUGUCAAAUGUCACUAUUGAAAGAUGCUCAACUCUGAAUCCGGCUACCCUACUUCCCACUGAGGGAGAAGGGGGACCACACAACUGCCAUGAUGAGAUAACAAAGGUCCUGAAACCCAGCCCGGACCUCCAGGAAACUCCACUAGAAACAGGAGAAGUACUUUAUGUGGACGGCUGUUCCUUGCAAUUAGAUGACGGAACACUCUCCACCAGUUAUGCAGUGGUCAAAGGAGACCACUUACUUGAAGCAAAUCAAAUCUCUUCUAGUUUAAGUGCACAAGCAGCUGAGCUAAUAGCUCUCACCCGAGGUUGCCAGUUGUCAGAAGGGAAGGUCAUAACCAUUUACACAGAUUCCAGAUAUGCCUUUGGAGUCUGCCAUGAUCAUGGGGCAUUAUGGAAAAUAAGGGGAUUCAAAACCAGUACUGGUAAGACCAUACAACAUCAGAAAUUAGUGGAAUCUCUUCUCGAAGCUAUAACAAAACCAUCGAAACUGGCAAUAGUUAAAUGCCAAGCCCAUACUGGGAAACAACACCCAGUCAACCAAGGAAACGAACUGGCUGAACACUUUGCUAAACAGGCCGCCUAUAAUAACACACCAGUCUCUUUAUUCCAACAGAAGGAUGACAAAGACCCUGAUAAUCAAAUUAUUUCUUUACAGAGCGCUGCCACUGACUGAGAAAGGAUAAAGUGGUCCCGAGAAGGCCCUCUCUGAUGAGGUCUGGACCCAUAAGCAAACUAACAAACCUUUCCUCCCAAAGGCUUCUUUUUCAGGAAUGGCAAAAAUUGCACACGGCCUGGAUCACGCAAGAAAAGAUGCUAUGACUCAGGAUGUCGAGCGGCAUUGGGAAACCACAGGGUUCUCUACAUAUGCUGAACAAUUCUGCCGACGAUGCGCACUAUGCCAAAGGUUUAAUAUAGGUAAAGGUACUCAGGUAAGCCCCACCGUCACUCCUAACCCAAUGGGUCCAUUCGAACACCUCCAAAUGGACUUCAUUGAGUUAACACCGUCUAAAGGCUACCGUUAUUCCUUGGUAAUUGUCGAUGUGUUCUCCCAAUGAGUGGAAGCUUUUCCCUCUAAACAUGCAGAUGCAAAAACUGUGGCCAAAGCUCUGAUAAAAGAAAUCAUUCCAAGAUGGGGAAUACCACAGAAACUGCAGACCGAUAACAGUAUCCACUUUGUGAAUUCUGUAAUAAAUGAGCUGACUACUUGGCUCCAGAUAGAUGUACAUCAUUACUGCAAAUACCAUCCCCAAACUGGAGGUAUUGUAGAAAGGUGCAAUGGCACCCUAAAAUCAAAACUGGCAAAAAUCUGUGAGU